AUGGAUGACUGUAGCAAGGUUUUGAGAGGAUGGAGUUGGGAGGAGAACAAAUUGUUUGAGUUGGCAUUGGCGGUGGUAGACAACCAAUACCCAGAUCGUUGGGAGGUGAUCGCGGCCAUGAUCGGAGGAAAUAAGAAUGCAGGGGACGUUCAGGAGCACUACGAGACCCUUCUGGAGGAUUUGCAUCUCAUAGAAUCAGGAAAGCUCGAUCACAAGCUUCCACAGACUCAACCCUGUCUUCUGCUCGAAUUUACCCACUCCUUGUGCUUGUCUGAUUAAAGACAUAUAUGCAACCA